UAAACGUCGUGAAUGUGUAAUAGCGCUCGUCUGACUGGCUGCUUCUAAAUUUGCUUCUUGAAAGGUGGGGGUGAGAGCCGUCAGUGUCGGUGAAGUGGUCGUAGCCGCCGGGAUAUGUGAACAUUAACGAGGGAAGUAGGAAAUUAACUGGCUGGUGAGAUGUGGAGACGCCUGCAGGAGGACAAGUGGGGUCACGACAUGGCGGAAGACGACGAUUAGAAGAGGAAAUUCAACAAAUAAGUGAUUACUAGUGGGAUAUUUUCUCUUAUCACACGGUGUAGACUUUUACAAAAUUAUUGCUCCAAGAAUGGCGAUUUGCCGAAGGUCCGAGGGUGUUUACACUCGGCUAGCCGGCUACUGACUGUCUUUUACGCACAGGAGAAAGAGCCACACUUCACUCUUUGUUUCUCGUUUUCAUGUGGAGGAACUUUCUAAUGCCUUUUUAAUGAUUCGAGACUUGAGCAAGAUGUACCCUCCGGCGCGGCAUCCGGUCGUGCACCAGCCCGGACAGCCGUUUAAGUUCACUGUGUCCGAGUCCUGCGACCGGAUCAAGGAGGAGUUCCAGUUUCUUCAGGCACAGUAUCACAGUCUGAAAAUGGAGUGUGAGAAACUAGCAAGUGAGAAAACGGAGAUGCAGCGGCACUAUGUCAUGUAUUACGAAAUGUCAUAUGGACUUAACAUCGAGAUGCACAAACAGGCGGAGAUUGUCAAGCGGCUGAAUGCAAUCUGUGCCCAAGUCAUCCCUUUCCUCUCUCAGGAGCAUCAGCAGCAGGUGGUGCAAGCAGUGGAGAGGGCCAAGCAGGUCACCAUGGCUGAACUCAACGCCAUCAUUGGACAGCAGCAGCUCCAAGCUCAGCAUCUCUCUCAUGGCCACGCCAUCCCUGUCCCGCUCACACCGCACCCAGCAGGCCUUCAGCCCCCAUUGCCCCCUGGUGCCGGUACUGCCAGCCUGCUGGCGCUGUCCUCUGCCCUGGGUCAUCCGCUGCCCCUCAAAGAUGAGAGGAAAAACCAGGACAGCGCCGAAGAACACCCAAGAGAAAGAGACUCAACUAAGAGCUCAUCUGUGUCUCCGCCUGCCACUUUUCGGACUGGAGAGAAGCACAGGGGUUCGGGUGAUUACACCGCCGACAGCAAGAAGCAGAAGACAGACGAUAAAGAGCUGGGCUCGACACGCUACGAGAGUGAUGGCGAGAAGAGUGAUGACAACUUGGUAGUGGACGUCUCCAAUGAGGAUCCAGUGUCUCCCAGAGGAAGUCCCGCCCAUUCUCCCCGUGAGAACGGUUUGGACAAAAGUCGACUGCUGAAAAAGGAUGCACCCCUGAGUCCUUCCUCUGUCGCUUCCUCCAGCAGCACACCUUCAUCCAAGUCCAAAGAGAUUAAUUUGAAGAAUGAAAAAUCCCCAACACCUGUUUCCAAGUCCAGCACACCCACCUCCCGCUCUGAUGCACCCACGCCCAGCAGCACCACCACCCUGGGCCUGAGGGCCGCACCCAGUAAGCCAUCAGUAGUGGAGACACUAGCCCCGGGUCUCCGCACACCUCUGGCAGUGCCGUGUUCGUACCCCGGUCCGUUUGGAAUGGUUUCUCACCUUGGCAUGAAUGGCGAGCUAAGUGGAGCGGGGGCCGCCUACACUGGCCUGCACAACAUGAGCACUGUGGCUGCAGCAGCUGUGGCCGCUUAUGGACGCACACAAGUAGUUGGAUUUGAUCCUCAUCAUCACAUACGUGUUCCUGGGCUUCCUCCAAACCUUUCGGGCAUUCCAGGUGGAAAACCAGCCUACUCCUUUCACGUCAGUACUGACGGACAAAUGCAGCCGGUACCUUUUCCUCCUGACGCUCUGAUCGGCCCUGCUAUCCCACGGCACGCGCGGCAGAUCAAUACACUUAAUCAUGGGGAGGUGGUGUGCGCUGUCACCAUCAGCAACCCAACACGUCAUGUUUAUACUGGCGGCAAGGGCUGCGUCAAGGUGUGGGAUAUCAGUCACCCAGGAAACAAGACAUCUGUGUCACAACUAGACUGCCUUAACAGAGACAACUACAUCCGCUCGUGUCGACUGCUCCCUGAUGGACGGACGCUCAUCGUCGGAGGCGAGGCGAGUACUUUGUCAAUAUGGGACUUAGCGACACCGACUCCACGGAUCAAAGCAGAAUUGACCUCCUCGGCUCCUGCGUGUUACGCACUGGCCAUUAGUCCCGACUCCAAGGUGUGCUUUUCCUGCUGUUCUGAUGGAAACAUAGCCGUGUGGGAUCUUCACAACCAGACUCUGGUUAGGCAGUUCCAGGGCCACACGGAUGGAGCAAGCUGCAUAGACAUCUCCAAUGACGGUACCAAGCUUUGGACGGGAGGUCUGGACAACACCGUCCGCUCCUGGGAUCUUCGAGAGGGUCGGCAGCUGCAGCAGCAUGACUUCACCUCACAGAUCUUCUCACUGGGCUACUGUCCAACUGGCGAGUGGCUGGCGGUGGGGAUGGAGAACAGCAAUGUGGAGGUCCUUCAUGUCUCCAAACCUGACAAGUACCAGCUUCACCUUCAUGAAAGCUGCGUGCUGUCACUCAGAUUUGCUCACUGUGGAAAGUGGUUUGUCAGCACAGGAAAAGACAAUCUGCUCAACGCAUGGAGAACCCCGUAUGGAGCCAGUAUAUUCCAGUCCAAGGAGUCUUCUUCAGUGCUGAGCUGCGACAUCUCCGUAGAUGACAAGUACAUUGUGACGGGCUCUGGAGACAAGAAAGCGACUGUCUAUGAGGUCAUAUACUAAGAGAGGGGCGGAGUCAUUCUUCCAAUCCUCUCAUCCUGUUCAACGUGGCCAGCCCUGUGUACAUUAUGUAUGUUUGGACUUUUUCUUGAACUUUUUUUUUUUGUCUUAAACUGCUCUGAACGAAGCACACAUUUUUUUAAUGCGUGAAUGUCAAAACACACUGAGUAUAUGUUGAUAACUUAUUUUCCACACUCUUCUUUUGUCUUUCUGAAUGUGUUUGCGUGGAAAUUCUUUGCAUUACCUAUUGCUGCGUGUGCAUGGAUACUAUCUCCUGCCUCGCACAUACAGUAUCGACAAUAUAUUGUAGGAACUAAACACGAUUGGAAGCAAAAAAAUAAAAAUAUAUAUAUAUAUACACACACAUUAAUAUCAAUGUAUACAGUGGAAACUUGGUUUUUAUGAUAAAACCUAAUUGUAAGAAAACUGAAAUAAUCCAAUUCAUCUCUUCUAGACACCCAUAAAUGUUAACACUUACAUAUAAAUGAUGAAUGAGAGGGAUAAAUUCAUAUUUAACAUCACUUUUACCUUUUCUUGAAGUCGGCAAAGAGAGAUAUACUUUGCUACUAGUUUUUGAUUGAAUUCAAUAGUGUUUGUCAUUUAUCUUGCCUUAUUUAUCAAAAUUCGGUCACUCAUGUUAUAUCCGACAAGGCACAGACAAGGAGUCACACUCUCACACAGAGCCUGAUCCGCCAAGGUGUGGAUGGGAAGAAUACGAAUAAUUGUUGUCGAAAACCAAGGUUCCACUGUAUUUCAUUUUGUUUUUUCCCCCAUGUAAUUAAUACUCAAUUUACAUUUUCCAACUGUUGGGAAAAGCGUAAAAGUUGAAUUGACGGCAAAUGCUUCCUAAAAUUGUCUUCAUUUAUUCACUAUUGUGAGGAGGAAGUGCUUAUUUGUUUUCUUCCAGGAUUGAAGCGGAAGAAAUGCGAGCAAACAUAGCUGGAACCACUCCAGUACAGUAGUUCAAUGCAAAUAAUUAUUUGUAUUGAACCACCUCCUUAUUCGAAUAAUAAUUAUUCCAAUAAUGCCUAAGUUGAGAUAAUGAUGCUGAUGUUUAAACCAUCUUUACUUCAAUGAGAAGUUUGCAAAACCUCUAUAGAUAAAUUAAUUUUUUUUUUUUCCCCGCCCACUCACAAUAAUCUCCUUUUAAAUGUGCAGUAGUUUGUGCCUGACAUUCGGAAAACAGAUUUUUUUUAGUUUAUUUGUGUCAUAAUUCGAAUACAAUAUCAAACCCGCUUUGUGUGUCUGUCUACCUCUUGGGCGUAUAAUAAGUCUGCCCUCUGUGCCCUCAUUAGUGAGCGGUUUUUACACUUUUGGUUGUUACCCCACAGUUAGAAGUCUGCUUUCUGUUUAAUGACACAGCAGCUCUCCUCCAACAGCACGUGGUCUGUGACAUGUCUAUUACUCGUCUUGGACUUGUUUGUAGAAAAAACAAAACAACAACAGUGCCUUUAUGCUUCUUUGUUGGACUGAUGGAUAUUACUGUUAUUUUUUUGUGGGGUGUUGCAGCAAUGGAGGCUCCAAUUCAAGUUAAACUGUAAAAUAUUUUCUUUUAUUCCCCGUUUUGCAUGUGAAACACACCACUAUAUACGUAGUUACUGCUGUGUUAUUAGUGGUUUGAAGCAUGGUGUCAUAGUGCCUAAAAAACACUUUCACACAACAUCCCAUGUGCUAAACUAUAGCUACAAAGAAGCAUUACAGCAACAGCCCUGCAAUACAAACUGUGUGAUUACUGUUUGGUUGUAAUGCUUUAUUCAUGAUUUAGGAUUUCAGGGUAGGCUUCUUAGGCAGGCUUUUACAACCUUAAGGUCCAGAUUCUCAUUUUCUUCAUUAAGUUUAUUACUUGUAUGCGUCUUAUAUUCUUUGUUAAUUUAUCAGUGUUAUGGUGAUUGAGUGCCAGGGAGGAACCCGACUCCUGAUUUGGGCUUGACGUUACAAAGGUUUUUGGAAAUCCUGUCAAAAUGGUCAGUUAUUAUUAUUUUUAUUCUUUUUUUAGGCAUUUCAUUACCUCAUGGUGUCCUGUAGAAAAUAUAUUGUAUUUCCGUGAGUCAAUGGGUUUACUUGUCACAGCAGUGUCUCAAAUGGAAAACAUGGCGGGAAACAAUGUGCUCUUUUUUCUUCAUCAACCCUUUAAAAUGCUGCCUCAUAUUUAAAAUCCCCCCCGAGCAAGCAGUCUCUUCCAAAAAAAGGAUCUAAGAAAAAUACAGUGAAAACAGUUAUAAAGGUAUUACUGUUAGUAUUAGGGAUGUCCGAUAUUGGCUUUAUUGCUGAAAACCGAUAUCGUCCAACUCUCAAUUUCCGAUUCCGAUAUGUGUAACAUGACAUAUCUUCUGUGGUGGAAUGAACACAUAUGUGUUGUAUGCAGCAUUUUUUAAAAUAUAAUUUUUCAUGAUCGGGAAAAAAAUCCAAUAUCAACCCAUAUUGCACUGAUAAUUAUCGGACAUCCCGAAUUAUUAUUAUUUUCCAUUUAUUAUCUAUUUUCUACUUUAUCUUCACAGAUCUGUGUUGAUGUUUGACAUGUGUAAACAUACAAUGUUCAAGCACCAUGCUUAAUGCAAAAACUGAAAUCUAAGCAAGAUUAGAUAUCUCAAAGCAAUGUACAGUUGGCCCUCACAACAUUCUUCGUAUUCUGCAUUAGACAUUCAGAAAACUCAUUGAAAGACAUGACAUGUAGUAUUCUACACUGACCACUAGGUGUUGCUAAUGUUACAUAAGCCACCACAACACCAUCUGGGAGUAAAAAAAGACAAAAAAAACCAACAAGGAACCCUCCCAAUGAGUCUAUAUUUUUUCUGAUGAUGUUUAUUAUUUUGGGUAUUACCAAUGUAAAGACGACAAUAGGGGUGUUAUUUCAUGUUUGAAGGGCUCUAAUAGGUUGUAAAUAGGUUUUAUAUGAUCUUACAAUGAAAUUAUUCCAUUUAUGAAUUAAGAAUCACUUAUCACGUUUGGGUCUGGACCCAAUUAACCGCAACAAAUGAGGGAUAACAUUUGAACAUACUGCGAUAGUAGUAUAUCCCGCCUCUUACUGCUUGCAUGCACUGACCUAACACACGUUUGUCAUUUUUAGUAUUAGUAUUUGCGAAAAUAAAUCACCAUUGGUAACAUAUGCUAGCCGAUAUUUUGUGAAUUUGGAGCAAGUUGCAUACCAUCCAAGUAAAAUAACCACCAUCAUCUUGCUUUGUCAAAUCACCACUCAAAUGUUCUUUUUCAGUUGACAGACGAUUAUAUCUCAAAUUUCAUGAAGUAUUAAUUAAAAAUGUGAUAGAAAAAUAAAAAGUGCUUACUUCUGCUUGAUUUCUACUUCAUCUUGCUUAGAUUUCAAAUUUUUUGCUGACAAACUACCAUCAUUCACACCUUUUUCUUUUAUGCAUUUGGAUGAAUAUGUUACUAUUUUUUUUCCACUAUUUUGAUACAGUCAAAUGCAUUCACUAAUUAUGAGAAAUGUUACAAAAAUGGUUCAUGGACUGUGUUACCUGCAAGCAGGGUUUCCCUAAACGUGACCCAUAAAGUAUUGCUAUGAUGUUGACAUACACUGUACAUAAUUUCAUGAUUAAACCACAGAUGGCAUACAUUGACUACAAGCUUUUGCCAAGAAAUUUUAUGAAAUCUAACAUCAUAGAUAUAAAUUAAUCCAUUUGCAUCCUGACCCUAAGUUUGGAGAAGACCUGCCCUACAGGAUCAAAGUCAUCUGGCUGAUACAUGGAACUAUGAUAUUGAAUAAUACGUAAAACAUUUAGCUUGACAAAACUUGUGAUGGUAUUGUACAAUAACUGUAAACAUGUAAUUAUUUAAGCUUAAAAAGAAACUUCCUGUUGCUAAAAGCUUUUUCUCCUCUACAAAUGGCCUUUGCUUUCUUUUUUUUCCCCCCAAGUCUGUAUAUGAUUUUAUUAAAUUAUUGUGUGGA